UUUUAAUAUAAAAACAUUAUUACUUAUUAUUCUUUUUUAUUUAUUUUCCCCUAGAGAUUUUAAAAUUAGAAUCCCGAGCUGUUCUAAACUUGGUGUGUUCAUGCUGUAGUCGAGAUGCUUUCUUUUUAUCCGAUCUGAAAACGUCGCUGCUCUUUCGACUGCUCUUCUACACUGACAAUACAGCAGUUUGAAAUCUUUUACGUCUCAUAACACAUUGAACCAAAGAUGAAGGACCGACUGGAACAGCUAAAAGCGAAGUCAGACCAAACUCCUGAUGAUGUGGAAAUUCCAGUGGAAAAAAAAGAGUUUAUGGAUGAGUUCUUUGCUCAGAUUGAAGAAAUCCGCACCAGUAUAGACAAGAUUGAUGAAAAGAUAGGCGAGAUAAAGCGACUGUAUUCUGUCAUCCUCUCUGCUCCUACAUCAGACCAGAAGACACAGGAUGAAUUGGAGGCUGUUACUAAUGAGAUAAAGAAACUGGCCAACAAUGCUCGCAACAAACUCAAAAGCAUUGAGCAGAUUUUGGCAUCUAACACCGAGGAGAGGAUUUCAGCAGAUAUGCGAAUAAAGAAAUCCCAGCAAGCCAUUCUUGCUAAGAAGUUUGUAGAGGUGAUGACCAAAUACAAUGAAGCCCAAGUGGAGUUUAGAGAAAAGAGCAAAGGGCGCAUCCAAAGACAGCUGGAGAUCACUGGCAAAGCCACUACUGAUGAAGAACUGGAGGAAAUGCUGGAUGGAGGAAACGCUGCAGUAUUCACAGCAGGAAUUAUGGACUCUGGGAUAUCAAAACAGGCACUAAGUGAGAUUGAGGCACGACACAAAGAUAUUAUGCGACUAGAGAGCAGCAUAAAAGAGUUGCAUGACAUGUUUGUGGACAUUGCAAUGCUGGUGGAGAAUCAGGGAAGCAUAAUUGAAAGGAUUGAGAGCAACAUGGACCAGUCGGUGGGUUUUGUAGAAAGAGCUGUGGCUGACACCAAAAAGGCUGCCAAGUUCCAACAAGAAGCACGCAGGAAGAAAAUGAUGAUCAUGGUAUGUUGCACAAUUCUUGCGGUCAUCUGUGGUUCUCUGCUGUACAGCUGGCUGACAUAAACGUCAAGGUAAAGAGGUUGUCUACUUUUUCAAGUCAUGUUUUGAUCAAGAAUCAAGGGAAACAUCUUAGUGCCGACAAACCCAAAACAUCCCUAUACACACACAAGAUGUUUUCCAGUGCUUGUUCAUCUAAAUUUCCCCCUUUCUUUUUUAUUUUUGUUUAUUUAUUUUAUUAUUAUAUAUUUUUUGUCUUUUAUGUUCUUCCUGUCCUAUCAGUUGGCUGUGCACUGUUAGAGGCAUCACGGUUAAAUGUGACAUGCAAUCUAUAUUUUAAUUUUAAGCCUGUGGUAUGAAAUAUUGCUUUUAUUUAAUUAAUUGUUUUCUGGGAACUUAUGAUAAACUAUACAUGCCGGCUGAAAAAAACAGACAAACAAAAAACAGCUCAAAUCAGCCUAAGCUGGUCAUCCAGCCUGGUUCUUGCUGGUCAGGCUUGGGAGACCAGCUAAAAC